UUUCUCUCGCUCCGCCCGGGUCUGCCAAGUCAUGGAACAAGGAGGCUUCACCUCCCCGGCUUUCUUCCUCCUCCUCGCCAUCUCCUUCGCCUCCGUCCUUUUCCUUGCCACCCUCUCCAAGGCCUGGUCCGACCGUCGCCACCUCCCGCCCGGGCCCCGGGCACUCCCGAUUAUAGGUCACCUGCACCUCCUCCGGUCCCCGGUCCAUCAGACCCUCUACCGCCUCGCCACCCUCCACGGCCCCCUCUUCAGCCUACGCCUCGGCUCCACCCUCUGCGUCAUCGCCUCCUCCCCUGACCUCGCCCGCGAGCUCUUCAAGAGCCACGACACGGCCAUCUCCAACCGCCCCCAGACCGCCGCCGCCCGCCACUUCGCCUACGACGCCUCCGGAUUCGCCUUCGCCCCCUACGGUCCCUACUGGCGCUUCGUCAAGCGCCUGUGCAUGUCCGAGCUCCUCGGCCCCCGGACCGUCGACCUCCUCCGCCCCGUCCGCCGCGUCGAGCUCCUCGACCUCCUGCGCGCCGUUCUCGACAAGUCGGCACGUCGUGAGCCCAUCGACAUGAGCUCGGAAAUAAUCAAGAUGACGAACAAUGAAGUCACGAGGAUGGCGGCCAGCACGACGUCGUCGGGCGCCGGAGGGGAGACCGAGGAGGCUCGGGAGCUGGUGAAGCAGGUGGCGGAGCUCGUCGGGGCCUUCAACAUUGCCGACUACAUCGGCUUCUGCAAGAACCUGGACCUCCAGGGGCUGGAGAAGAGGGUGAGGGAGGUGCACCGGAGGUUCGACGCGUUGAUGGAGAGGAUCAUAAGGGGAAAGGAGGAGAAAAGGAGGAGGAGGAAGGAGGUGGGAUGUGGGCGAGAGGACGAGGUGAAGGACUUGCUCGACAUCUUGCUCGAUGUGGCCGAGAAUGAUGACGCAGAGAUGAAGCUCACCAGAGAGAACAUCAAAGGUUUCAUCUUGGUAUGCACUUAUUAUGGCUUUUUCUUUCUUCGUAUGAUUCUGUUGUCCCGGAUUUUUAUUACCGUUUAAUUUUUGCCGCCUAUGUAUGCGAAAAAUGCUUCUUCUUCUUUUUUUGUUUCCUUUUACUUUUUGAACAAAGAAGAGUUUCCGUUGAGAUUGGUGUGGUUUUCUUGAUGGCAUAAGGGCGAGAGAGUCUAUCGUAGUUUGGAGCGAAGCUAUGUUUU